GCUAGCGAGGUGGGGAGUCCCUCUCUCUUGUGUGUCCACUGGAGCAUAUCCUACGUCGCUGACUUGUGCUUAAACCGUCGUCGGUCUUUCGUCUUGUGUCAUUAUCUAUCGUACUGGAUGGUUGGUUGCGUCUCGUGUGAAACGAUAAGGAAUCUUAGUCGCAAAAGUAACAUGAAGUGUUGAGGAUUAGUGGAUAACUACGCUUACUUGGGGGUCCUACAUAAUUCUAGUCGCGAUGGCCAGGGUUCUACUUCACGUGAUGGCCUUGGUGUUUCUUGGAGUGAAGUCUGGGACAUUUGCUCUUAAUCCUAUGGAAAUCUUGCGAUUAGGCCCAAGCCCUCUACGUUCUUUGCAUGACCAGUUCGCUAAUCGAUCAUCACAAGAUACUGGAGGAAAGUUAGAUAUUGUAGUACUAGAGCCAGAAGAGGUGACCGAAGAAGUCAUGGGUGUGACAGUACCACCAAGCAGUGACAGUAUCCUCAGCCCUUUUCGCCAGCCAGGCGCUGCAGGUGACAGCGUCCUCGGAAGUCUGUUUGAACUAGGAGUGAGUGACAUUGAGAAAACAGAAUCACCAGAGCAAAAGAAUUCACCGUCUCGUGAGCUUUUGAACGAGAUUCUAGAACUGCCAUUUCUCCCACUGAUGACCAGGGACAAUGGAACGUUAACGCAUGUGGGCGAGAAAGAGCACGCUAAAUCCCCACUUCUCCAGUAUUUGGACGUGAUUCGAGGAGAUGCAUGGGCCCAAUUUAAGUCGCUAGCCCUUAGUUACUCAAACUGGCUCGAGGAUGAAUACCAGAUACAGGAUAUUUCCGACAAGUUACCCAUAGGCUUAAUCAAGAAGGUCCUCGAUUUAGGCGACAGGGUGAAUUUCUUACACAUCGUGGGUAAGAAAGUCGACUCUGGACUCGAGUUUUUGGCGAACGAGAUGAAGCCCCUGUUCGACCAUUUUGAUACUCUGAACCCUGGGAGAGCUUUCGGUUCGAGCUUCUCGACGGUGAUCAACAACAUCGUGCGGGACACGGCGUGGAAGACGAUGCACCAGUUCAUAGGACAUGUUCUCAGCGUUGCUGAAAGGUUCGUGUCCAGGAAGGACAUCGAGGACUUCCAGGCUGAUCUGGCUAAAAGUAGUCCCUUGGUCGCCAAAGGAUUGGAGGUGAUCAUAAACGGACCUCCAACAGAAGGAGCUGUGGGACGUUCUCUUAUGGGACGCAAAGGAUAUCACGACGCUGAAUAUGGUUACAAGGACCACUAUAGCCAAAAAGAUAACUAUGGCCACAAAGAUAACUAUGGGCAUAAAGAUCAUUACGGCCACGAAGAAAUAAGCUACGGAUAUGGUGGCUACGGCUCUUUCGAUGAAGGCUACGGAAUGUACAGCCAAGGGUACAAAUCUGGCGUCUUUCUGGACCCGUAUCUCAUCUUGGGUGGACUAGGAGCAGCCGCCCUGUUAGCCUACUUGGCCUACAAGGUCAUCGUGACCACCGCAGCUGCCCGUCGCAGGAGGUCGGACGACCUGACAUUCAUGGAACUCUCUGACAUGCCCAAUCUCGUCUACUCCUUCUACAGUUUAUUGGAAGGCGCCGACGAGAAGUACGGCGACGUCGAACCGGUUCAUUUGGAUGACACUGAGGACCUCGUCAGCGCCUUGAAUUCCCUGUGGUAUGAACGUGAAGAAGAGUCGGGCUGCAUUCGAUGCUCCCUGUUCAGAUACGCCCAAGAUCACUUUUCCCUCGGACACAACGCGGCAAACUCCCUUUUGGCGGCUGGCAUUGCGCACGCGCUGGGAGCGGACAGGUCAGGACAGCUACUGGACGAGGUCGGGAGUACCAUAGUUGAAGGAGAGCCUCUGCAGGAAUGCCUCCGGCACGGCAACACUUGUUACGUCAAGUGAUGCUUCUUCUUCUUCUUCUUCUUCUUCUUCUUCUUCUUCUUCUUCUUCUUCUUCUCUUCUUCUUGUGUUACAAUUACUCAAAAUCAUUUAUGGUGGUAGAAAGACCCCAUUUUUUCCUUCAGGUGCAGGAGUAAAAAGGGAAAAGUCUAAUGGACUGAACAACUUUUAGUCUCUCUCUCUCUCUCUCUCUCUCUCUCUCUCUCUCUCUCUCUCUCUCUCUCUCUCUCUCUCUCUCUCUCUCUCUCUCUCUCUCUCU